AUGAUCAUAAAUUACCGCCCAGAGUCGGGUCUAGCCUUCCCCAGUGUGUGUCCCAGUGCAGUGAAACCGCCGGCCGAUGCCGUGCUAGUCAGCAAAAUGGAUUUUGACUCGUGUGACGAGUCUGCGCCCGAGUCGCAGGGCUCGGUGAUGAGUGAAUUGGUGGAUGAUGUUCCGUUGCUCGUUUCGGAUUCGGAGGAAGACGAAGCCGAAAACGAAGUAACUAAAAGUGGCGUUGAAAACGAGAAUAACGAAAAGAACAGCACUCGCUUGAAACAGGAAAGAGACCAGGUGAUGACGGUUAUCGUCAAGUACAUCGCUGCCAAGAUCAAAAAUUCGUUCCCUCCUGAACAGGCUUCACGGAUCGACGGGUCGUUGCCCUUGGACAAGUUUCUUCUCAUACUAACUAGUAGACUUCAGGUGUCGUUAGUGGAGUUCAUGAAGAGUAUAAUCUACCUUUUCCGUUACAUGGAUAUUGUCUAUUUGCUCCGCUACUUGAACCAGUGCAACAACAUGGCCAACUACAAUGGUAUGGACUUUACUUUGCGGAAACUCAUCGUGGGCUGUUUCAAGCUUGCUUUAACCAGAGACCGUAUCGUGCGCGACUUUCCUCAAAUCACCGGUCUCUCCAACCAAGAGAUUAGUGCAGUGACAAGAAAGAUAAUUUCACGUAUGAACGGCAAAGUGUCCAUUAAAGACACAGAGGUGCUCCGGAUGAAGCUGGAACUCUACAGAUUUGUUCGAAUGGUGUCUACGGUAUAUUAG